UAUAUACGACGGUUUUAGAGUUGUUCCAGAAUAUCGUUCAGACAAUAUUUGUCGACAGAAUGACAAUGGAGUUAAGGAAAUUUGUUCCAUUAAAUUGGAAUUAUGAGAGUAAAACCAUUGUUCCAAGCUAUGCAAGUGAAUAUAAUACAUUACGUGAAGAAUUUAGAAAUUUCCAUGUUCAAAAAAUAUAUCGUGUGCAAAAUGUUCAUAGAUAUAAUAUGUUUCUUGUUAGACAGCAACACUUGCUAGCUUUAACACCAGAAAAUAAAUGCUAUGUGGUUCGGAGAUACGUUGGACUUACCGCGGGCCAGUUAGAGUCUGCUUUACAGCAUAAUCUGGAUAAAAGGAUCAAUGGUGCAUCCACUGCGUAUCCUUCAUUUAAAAAAGAUCUUACUUAUUUAACACACGACAAAGUAAUCCUCGCUGUUAACGUGGUGACUACUAAUGUAGAUGUUGAAGAUUUUAUUCCAACACGGGAUUCCGAUUUCUACAUAGAAUAUAUUAUCGAAAUGGUACCGUACAAACCAGAACAGCGAUAAAAAACAACACGACAAAAAAGAAUAAAUGACAAAACAGAACAUCGUAAAAAUAUAUUAAAGUUAUAUAGAUAACACAUCUAGGGCUAAAUAAGCUCAAGCUCACAUAUACGUCACCCAUUUGUAACAAAUACCUGUA